AAUUAUUUAUAUGAACAUGGCUUUUGGAACGGUGAAUUCAUUUUAAUAAACUUCACAUUCAACUGUUUCUUAAAGUUCACAUCUUUUUCUUCCGGGCUUUUGAGUUUUGAUAAUUCUUUGGAAGCAUGCAAGUUCGAAGAGGGAAACGAUCUGUGGCAUUUUGGCCGUCAAUUGUGAUGAAAAAAUGGUUAAAUAUUCAUCCAAAGAAUAAUGAUUUUAGUGAAGACGAAAUGGAUACUGAAAGUGAAGAUGAUGGUUCUUCUCGUAAACGGGAACAUAUGGGUUUUAAUGAGGAGAAUUCUCCUAUAAUACAAACGAACAUGUCUACAUGCUUGAGCGAAGCCUCAAAUGUGACGCCUGCAAAACCGUUGGUAAAACACAAAAGGGGGAAAUCAGAGGAUCUUCACGAUAUAAAAACGAAAGAUUUGAGGUUAAUGAUCGGGACAUGGAAUGUUGCGGGAAGGCUUCCCCCUGAUGGCCUUGAUGUCGACGAUUGGCUUAGUAUGCACCAACCGGCUGACGUAUAUAUUCUCGGUUUUCAAGAAGUUGUUCCUUUGAAUGCGGGGAAUGUGCUUGGAGCCGAGACUCGAGCACCGAUUAUAAAAUGGGAGACAUUCAUUCGAAAAUCUCUUAACAAAUCACAAGAACCCGAAUACAUACCUAAAAGCUAUAGUGCCCCGACCUCUCCUGUUGCCGAGAUCAAAAGCAAUGUGGAUUUCCGGUCAACAACAGAAAUCACCGAUCCCGAAAGGAAAGAGAUUACUUGGUUAACGGGAUUAUACGGCCUCGAUUGGCCCGAAUACACAUUGGAUAGAAAACAAGAUAUUCGUUUUUCAGCUAACAAUUUCGGUCCGCGAGACCAUGUGGUUGAUCCUGGGGGUUUAAGAAUAGUGCGUCAUAGCUCGUGUGACAUGGGUUUGCUUUGGACGGAGAAACAAGAAAGGGCCGAUCUUGUUGAUUCUCUCUAUGAUUUAUUCGGACGAGUGAUGGAAGAAGAUGAUGAUUCUCUCAUGGACGGAAUAAAAGUUGAACAAGGAAAUUCACCCAUAACUAGUGGCCAAAAAAUUGAUAGGUAUGUGCGAAUCGUAAGUAAGCAGAUAGUGGGUAUAUACCUUUCGAUUUGGGUUCGUAAAAGGUUGAGAAGGCAUAUCAGCAACGUAAAAGUAACGCCCAUUGGCAUCGGGCUAAUGGGCUACAUGGGAAACAAGGGAUCUAUUUCCGUUAGCAUGUCUCUUUAUCAAACACGCAUAUGUUUCGUUUGUUCUCAUUUGACCUCCGGACACAAGGACAGGGAUGAUGGGAGGCGCAACUCUGAUGUUAAUGAAAUCUUGAGACGAACUCAUUUCUUAUCUGUAUUAGACCAUGAUCAACCAAAAACAAUUCCAUCUCAUGACCAGAUAUUCUGGUUUGGCGAUUUGAAUUAUCGUAUCAAUAUGGCAGACAUAGACGUCAGAAAAAUUGUUGCCCUGAAGCAGUGGGAUAAACUGCUAUAUAACGAUCAGUUAUGCAAAGAGCUUAGAAGCGGGUGUGUCUUCGAGGGAUGGAAGGAAGGCGUUAUCAACUUCCCACCCACUUACAAGUAUAAGAUCAAUUCAGAUCACUAUAUAGGUGAAACUCCAAAAGAAGAGGAGAAAAGAAGAACACCAGCAUGGAUAUGGAUGAAAGAAUUAAAUUUUAUUCUUCCUUCUAAUAAAAGACCCACAUACCCAGGGGCGGAUUCAAUGUAAAGCCUGGGAUAGCCCGAGAUGCCCCAUAAACUUUUUCCAUUAGUUUAAUUCUUUUAAGAAAAUUUCAUUUUAUGUAGUGUAUAUAUACAUAAUAUAAAUAUGUUUAGCGAAAAAAUAGCAAAAGUUGUAGUUGGUUCAGGUGGUUAUGGCGAUAAGGCAUUUUUCCAAAGGUUGCAAGUUUGAAUCUUCUUUCUUACAUUUUUUUUCUUUUAUUUUCACAGCUAUAUAAAAGGAUUGUAUAUUAAAUUAUCCAUAUUUUAUACCUAUGAUGAUUUUGUGAAUAUUAAACACAAGUAUCGAGUUAUCCAAGUGGUAAAGUGCUGAACUUUUAA